GGUAUGGUGUGGGGCUGGUGCCAGCCUUCUCCUGUGACCUUCUGUCCUCUCCGUGCUGCUGUGGCACCGCCCGCCGCACCGGAACGUCUCCCCCCCAUUCACACUCUGGUGCACGGGCCUCAUCUUUCAUACCCAGCCGACUCCGAUGCUUUCUCAAACCCGCCUCAAAAGCCCUCCUGAGCGUGGUCCGGGCCGCCAGGGUGUGUACAAAGGCUGUGUGCAUGGGGCCUGUGCCCGAAUUUGUAUCCGGGGUCACUUGGGGGCUCCUGGGGUGCGUUCGCUGUCGGGCCAGGCCGCCCCCGGGCACCGCCGGCCCUACGCUCUCGCCGUCGCGCUACCUCGCGUCGCCCGGCAGAGGUCGCGCUCCUCCACGUCCGCCACCACCCUCGCUUGUCGCGAUGCUUGCCGGGAGCUGUAGUCCGGCGAGCCGCGCAGCGCGCGGCGCGCCGAUCACCGAGGACUCCCGCUCCCAGCGUCCCGCGGGGCGCCGGCCCGGCCGUGCCUUUUGAAUGAUUUCACUGCGCUCGGCGUUUGCGGCGAGCGGGAUCCAGGGAGGAUCCGCGGCGGGAGCAGCGCGCUCCUGGCCUGUCGAUGGCGGCCCGAGCGGGCCCUGCCGUGGCCGCCUGCGAGCCGUGCCGCUGCUAGGAGUGGUAAACUUAGGUUAGGAGGGCUGCGCGUUCACCCCUUCGCCCAACCGCCUCGGCGGCCGGCGGCCCCUCCGCCGACAUGUCGCUGGCCAUGGAAGAGGAGGAGUACGCCCGGCUGGUGAUGGAGUCGGAGCCCGAGUGGCUGCGGAGCGAGAUCAAGCGUCUCUUCCAGGAGCUGGGCGAGACCACCCGGGAGAAGAUCCAGGCGGCGGAGUACGGGCUGGCAGUGCUGGAGGAGAAGCAGCAGUUGAAGCAGCAGUAUGAGGAGCUGGAGUUGGAGUACGAGACCAUCCGCACCGAGAUGGAGCAGCUGAAGGAGGCUUUUGGACAGGCCCAUACCAACCACAAGAAGGUAGCAGCAGAUGGAGAGAGCAGAGAGGAAACCUUGAUUCAAGAAUCAGCUACCAAAGAAGAAUACUACAUGAAGAAGGUUAUGGAGUUGCAGACAGAAUUGAAGCAGAUAAGAAAUGUCCUUGCCAACACACAGUCUGAAAAUGAACGCCUUAAUUCUGUUGCACAGGAACUGAAGGAGGUCAACCAAAACGUGGAGAUCCAAAGGGCCCGCCUGCGAGAUGAUAUUAAGGAAUAUAAAUUCCGAGAAGCACGUUUGCUGCAAGACUAUACUGAACUUGAAGAGGAAAACAUCUGUCUCCAGAAACAAGUGUCUGUCCUGAAGCAAAGUCAGGUGGAGUUUGAAGGCUUGAAGCAUGAAAUCAAAAGGCUGGAAGAGGAAACCGAGUUUCUCAAUAGCCAACUGGAAGAUGCCAUCCGGCUGAAGGAGAUCUCUGAGCGCCAACUUGAGGAGGCCUUGGAAACACUGAAGACAGAGAGGGAGCAGAAGAACAACCUUCGGAAGGAGCUGUCUCACUACAUGAACAUCAAUGAUUCCAUGUACAACAGCCACUUAAACAUCUCUUUGGAUGGGCUGAAGUUCAGCGAUGAAGCCACAGAGCCCAAUAAUGAUGAAGUCAUGAAUGGAUUUGAACAAAACUGCCUCAGCAAACUCAGCAAUGUUAAAAACAGUACUUCAACGCCCAAGAAAAAUGAAAGCUUCCCUCCAGCCCCAAGUCUGGUUUCAGAUCUUCUGAGUGAAUUAAACAUUUCUGAAAUCCAGAAGCUGAAACAGCAGCUUGUGCAGAUGGAAAGAGAAAAGGUUACCUUGUUAACAACACUGCAGGAAUCUCAGAAACAGCUGGAAAAUACACGGGGGGCCCUCUCAGAGCAGCAUGAGAAAAUUGGCAGGCUCACUGAAAACCUGAACGCCAUGAAGAAGCUCCAGGCCAGUAAGGAGCGUCAGUCUGCCCUUGAUAACGAGAAGGACCGAGAUAGCCAUGAAGAUGGAGACUAUUAUGAAGUUGACAUCAAUGGGCCAGAGAUCUUGGAAUGCAAGUACAAAGUGGCUGUGGCAGAAAUUACUGACCUGAAGGAAGAGCUCAAAAAUUUGAAGGCAAAAUACAAAGAAUGUGAGUCUAAGUAUGAGGAAGAGAAGAGUAGAUAUGAGACUGAGAGCCAAGCUCUCACUGAAAAGAUCACCUCACUGGAAAAGUCCAGUAGGCAUGAUAGAGAACAGAUGGCCAGGCUGGAGAAGGAGCUGAAGAAAGUCAGUGAUGUUGCUGGAGAAACACAGGGCAGCCUCAGCGUGGCCCAAGAUGAGCUAGUCACCUUCAGUGAAGAGCUGGCCAAUUUGUACCACCAUGUCUGCAUGUGCAACAAUGAAACUCCAAACAGAGUGAUGCUGGACUACUACAAGGAAGGUAAAGGUGGACACAGUAGUCCAGAGGCCAAGGGAAGAAGGUCUCCCAUUCUUCUUUCUAAAGGGCUGUUAACUAUUGAGCUGGGAAAGGCAGAGAAUGGAAGUGGUGACAGCAGCCCAUCCCCGGUGUCAUCUCUGCCAUCCCCAGUGUCAGAUCCCCGGAAGGAACCAAUGAACGUUUACAACUUGAUUGCUAUAAUUCGGGAUCAGAUCAAACACCUGCAGGCUGCUGUGGACAGAACAACCGAGCUGUCCAGGCAGCGCGUUGCUACUCAAGAGCUUGGGCCAGUGGUGGACAAAGACAAGGAAGCUCUUAUGGAAGAAAUCCUGAAGCUGAAAUCCUUGCUGAGUACCAAGAGGGAACAGAUAGCAACUCUGAGAACUGUGCUGAAAGCCAACAAACAGACUGCAGAAGUAGCCCUUGCCAACUUAAAAAGCAAGUAUGAGAAUGAGAAAGCGAUGGUUACAGAGACCAUGAUGAAGCUGCGAAAUGAACUGAAGGCUUUGAAGGAAGAUGCUGCGACCUUCUCUUCCCUGAGAGCUAUGUUUGCUACAAGAUGCGAUGAAUAUGUCACACAGCUGGAUGAAAUGCAGCGGCAACUUGCAGCAGCCGAGGAUGAGAAGAAGACUCUGAAUUCCUUGCUUCGGAUGGCUAUCCAACAGAAACUGGCCUUGACCCAGCGCCUGGAACAUUUGGAACUGGACCACGAGCAGUCCAAAAGGGUGCGCACAAAGUCUGCCUCUAAAGCCAAGGGCAGUAACCCCAGUUGUUACUAAAAGAAAUGUGAGCCUGUGCUGGUGAGUUCUCAAUAGCAUGGUUCCCAAAGCCAUUCUAACCCUGUGCUGUUGUUGUGCUCCCUGCUUGUCCCUGUCGAUGCUCACAGCUUGCUCCAUGCGCUGCCCAUGCGCACACAGGAGAUAUCCCAGUGCUGACAGAAGCUAAUAAGAGCAUGGCUGGUUUUCCCACUGGGGGGAAAACAUGGGAAAUUUUGGCUUCCCAGAUGUUUUUAGGCAUGUUGGAGGGAAGUCUAAAUUAAUACAGUGAGAUUUUAAACAAACAGAACGUUGCUGCAAAGCUGGGAACCAUGGAAAUGCUAUAGCCCAGAGCCAGAAUUUCAUUUCUUGAUCUUGAGAGGAAUCAAAAAGCCUCAAGUGAUUCAAUUCUAAAUCAUUCCUAAAACAUGAUUGCUUGGAGUUUAAACAAAUUUCAGUUCUGGUUUUGGAAACUAGGCCCUGUGUGUCUGUUAUGACUUCUUUUAGAAAAUACUGAAUUGUCCUGAAUUUGAGCUUUAAUAUUGCUAAGCAGCAGGCUUGAUAUUUUAGAAGAGAUAUGUUUUAUAAUUUUCAAUCCUUCUUUUCUCUUUGCUGCACAAUCUUCCAAAAGGCCUUUAUUCUUCUCAUUCCUACAUUAAGCACAAUUUAAAAAUACAGGGUGAAAGCAGGCUUUUGAGUGCUAACUUUCUCUGCUGUAAUAUACUCAGUAACAAUUCUGCUUCCACCAUAGUAGGGAGCUUUAACACAGUUUUCACUGCUUCCAUGUCUCUAGUGACAGUACUUUUGUGAAAUACUGAGGGCAAAAAGGUAAACUGGAGAAACUAAUUGAAGGCAUUGUUAGGUUUGUUUUUUCAAAUUAGUUGGAAUGUAACAAUUCUGGUGUUACCAGACGGUGACUAAUUGCUUUCAGGCUUGGCUCCUUCUUUCAGUUCCAAGUGUGAGCAAUUUUGCUAUUAGCCCAAUAGCCUUAGUGAUCAUUUCCAUCUUCAGUCAUUUCUGCAAAUAUUUAAAAACCCUAACAGCCAGCCUGACUGCUGUUUGAGUCUAUCACUGUUAUGGUUUAUCCUGUCAGAAAAAGAACUGAGGAAUGGUGUAAAGUGACUUGAUCCUGCGGUUUGUAUAUUUAGGUAAUAUUUAAGACUGAGUCUUUUAAUUCUUGAUUAACAAUUUCUUGAGAUGUUCAUUUGCUGUAAGUCUUUCAUAUCAAUGGGUUGGGGUAAAGCAUGAAAAUUCCUUAAGCCAUCACCUACCUCUGCAAGCAGGCUCUUCUGAAUGAUUCUCUGCAUAGGCCUGCAUGAUAUUCUGACCUGCAUGUUUCUGGAGAACCUAAAGCUUUACUGAAAAUAUUUCUUGCACACUCACUGCUUUUAACUUAUACUUGAAUAGCAAAGCUGUAUUCAGUACUUGUAAGAAUCCUUCUUUCUGCAAAGCUAUUGCUUCCAGGCUGAGCCCACAAAGCCUUGUUCACCCACUGGGAAGGCAUCUGCGAGCUGGAGUGGCUGCUGUUCCCUCAGCCAGCUAACAGACCCUCAGCCAACUAACCAGCCUGUGCAGCACAUGGAUGGGGUUAAGUUUUCAGUUGAUUGAGAAAUAAACAUUGAUUUUUUUUUUCCUAAUGCUAUUUUAUUUUUCCAUUUUUCAGCUGUAGAGUAGUCCCUGGAGAAGGCCUUUCCAACAGUGCAACAGCAUUUCUUAGCCCUCACUCUGGUUCAAAGUGGUGGCCCAUUGCACACAGAAUGGAAACCACUGACCUGAUCCUAACUUUUGAAAACACCUUUUCUUAUAUACUACCUGAAACCUUCCCUUUCUGCCUGAAGUUAUAAAACAAACAAGCUUUACCUAUAAGUGCUGCUGCAGUAAGAAACCUUACAAGUGCUGAAGAAACCUACUUCAAAUGUAAUCCUCACCAUAUUAGUCUGUGCUCUCCUAGAAAUGUUGGAUGGGGGAAUUUACUUCAUUGCAGAUGCUCAUUUUUUACCUGAUUGUUAAACCUGUGCACUUUUGAUAUGUUUCUUUAGCUUCUUUAAUUCCUUAUGUAGAAGAGUUUAUAUAAAUGCAGUGGUUUGUGCUCAUAGUCUCUCUCCAGUUUGAAACUUGUGACUUAUGAAUUAUAUAUCAGCAUGUGGCAGAGAUUUUGGGGGGGCUCUAGAUUGUGAUUAUAAAAGAGUUUCAACAAAAAGCAGGAGCUCUGCUAAACUAUGUGCUGUGCUUCAGCAUCUUUUUUUUUAUUAAAAUGUUAUGCUUUAUAUGUUUAAAUUACUGAUUUUUUAAACUGCCAUAUUCAUUAAGAAAUCCAGGGUAUUCCAAUUCUGAGGUUUUUUUCAUAUUGUAUUAUUAUUCUUAGGAAUAGUUCAAUGUAACAAGAAGAAAACUUGACUUUGCUCUGGUUAAAACAGUAAUAGGCACUUGAAAAAUAUUAAAUAAGUAGUAUUACAUGUAAAUUCCAGAAUUCCUGGGUUUUAGGAAGUUGAAGUAUUAUCGAUUAACAGAAUUUUAUACAACUAUACCAAUUAAAUUCCAAAUUGGAAUUGUUUUGUUACUUUUUCAUUUUAUUGUGCCAAAUUAUGGUACAUUUAGAAAGAAAAAUUCUAAAGUGGUCAGUGAUAGGUUGUUAUCUGUCAGCGCCUUUCUGUCACUCAUUAUUGCCAGUAGUGCCUUUGAUUAUUUGGAAGGAGACUCUUAGAGUAUUGUAGGUUAAGUCCUGUCACUUAGGAGGAAUGGAAUGGCUGGUUUGGAAUUUGUUAAAGAUGUGGAGCAAUAAGUGCAAAGUGAACUACCAUUUCACACAUUUUUAGUGGUAGGCUUACCAUAGACUUUAUAUAUACAAGGAAUUGUAAAAAAUUCUGUUAGUCGAUGAUAUUUCAUCAUGCAAAUCCUUGCAAAUUCAGGGGUAUAGAGGGGAAAAAAAUCAAAACCACAAACCUGAAUAAACAUGACUACACUUUGGGAGCCAGAUGGACUCAUCUUGAACAGAUGAGCAGUGUAUGACCACAUUUAUGGUAUCUGUCUGGGAAUGCAUCGGGAAUGUUGCUGACCUUGGGCGGUGGUGGGGGCAGGAGCCACGAUGCUGUGUGCAGAUGUGAACCACAGCACAUUGGGAUCUCCUUUGCAUGUUGUAUCUAAUUCUGAUUUCAGCAAACAGAAAGAGAGAAGCGCAUCAUCAACAGGCCAUGCCAGAUUCUCAAUGGCUUGGUGAGGAUCAUGUAGAUGAUUAAAUUGGUAUUUGCUGGAGGGGAGCCCUCCCACUUAUCAAAAGAAGUACAAAUUGAAUUAAUAUUGACAGUGCAGAAAAGAUUUCUGUUUGCUGGAAAAAGCAUUAUUAUUCCUAGAUGUGGGGACUUAUAUUUCCAUCUUCUGUUACACUAUUGAUUCAUAAGAAAUAUUGUUGCAUUUAAAAUUACUACAUUUGUAUGUGGGUAUUUAUUUGAAAUUAUGUCAAAGUACUGUAUUAUAUUCUAUGUGCAUUACCUUUUAGUGGUGGGUUGGUCUCCAUUUAACGUCCUGUGCAUGUAUUUUUGCCAAGUAACCUUGACACAGAUCUGAAAAACAGAAAUGUUAAGCAUCUUAAAAUGAUAACUAUGUUAAUUGGAUAACCUUAGGAGGAGGGGUGGAGGUCAAAACACUGCUUCCAGAUUAAUAAAACAGUUUUUAAUCUAGGAAAGCAAUGUGCCUGCGUAAAGGUAGUCACAUUGGCAGGAGCAAUAAAAGACAAAAAGAAUUGUGUGUUCUGCCUGUUGGUUUUGUGGUUUAAGAAGGUGCUGGUUUAAGUAGUUGGCUGAGGGGAUUUUCAGCUGGGGGCCAAAUAAAUACUAAUUUUUAUUAGUAUUGUUGGUUUUGUGGUUUAAGAAGGUGCUGGUUUAAGUAGUUGGCUGAGGGGAUUUUCAGCUGGGGGCCAAAUAAAUACUAAUUUUUAUCUGAAAGAAA